AUGAGUGCUUAUCGAACGCGAUUAGAAGCUUCUGUUGAAACUAUCAGGUGGCUUUUACUCCAAGGGUUGCCUUUUCGGGGUCAUGAUGAAAAAGAAAGUUCAUUGAGUAGAGGUAAUUUUGUUUCAUUACUUACUCUUCUUUCACAACAUGAUCCUGAGUAUUCCAAAGUUGUUUUCAAAUUGGCACCUGGCAAUUGUCAACUCACUUCUCCUGUUGUCCAAAAAGAUAUCAUUAAUGCUUGUGCAAAAGAGACAACGAAAGCAAUACUUGAAGAUAUGAAUGGUGGUUUUUUUGCUAUUCUAGCUGAUGAGUCCGCCGAUAUUUCUGAUAAGGAACAAAUGGCUCUUUGCUUGAGAUAUGUUAAUAAAAAGGGAGAAGUAUGUGAGCGUCUUCUUGGUGUUGUGCAUGUUCCCAAUACCACUUCUUUAACUCUUAAAAGUGGUAUUGAGUCAUUACUCAUGGAGCACUCUUUGACUUUCUCACAAGUUCGAGGGCAAGGUUAUGAUGGGGCAAGCAAUGUGCAAGGUUCAAUCAAUGGACUCAAAGCUUUGAUAUUAGAAGAAUGUCCUCAAGCAUACUUUGUGCAUUGUUUUGCACAUCAACUUCAGUUGACACAAGUUGCACUUGCUAAAAAGAAUUCAGAUUGUGGUUGGCUUUUUGUUGAUGUACUUGCACCUCUCUUGAAUUUUGUGGGUGGUUCACCUAAAAGGAAAGAAUUUCUUCGAGAGAAACAAGCUCAACGAGUUGUGGAAGCACUAUCCUCAGGUGAACUUGAAUCGGGAACGGGUUUAAAUCAAGAACGUGGCUUAGGCAGACCUUGUGACACUCGUUGGGGGUCCCACUUUAAAAUAAUUUUGAAUGUGCUUGAUUUGUUUCCUUCAAUUCUUGAGUCACUCGAUAAAAUUGGUGAAGUUUCUAAUGCAAUUGAUUCAAAUAAAGCACAAGCUCUUACACACUUGUUGAUGUCAUUUGAUUUUGUGUUUGUAGCACACUUGAUGGUUUCUAUAUUUGGCAUCACAAAUGCAUUGAAUGUGGCUUUGCAAAAACGUGAUCAAGACAUUGUAAAUGCUAUGGCCAUGGUUGAUGUAACCAAGAUCAAUCUACAAAAGAUGAGAGAUGAAGGAUAG